AGAAGGUUCCUGCAGGGCACACCGAAAUCACAGUCCUCCUAUGCCCCGCCCACCUUACACUCCCCCCGUGCCACGCCCGCAUAGCACGCCUCCAACCCCAAGCAAGGUGGCCCCUGCACGGGGGGGCAGCGAGAGGGAAAAGUGGGGAGGGAGGAUCACAAACACCCUUAACCCCGCCCCAAACCCGAACCCCGCCCCGCGCCAGCAGUCCGAUGACUCACGCGGGACUGUAGACCCGCCACUGACCCCAGAUCAGGCCCGGACGCUGGAGGAGGUGGAGAGACUCCUGGGGGGCCUGGUGUCAGGGGACCGGGGGGGUGGGGGCCCCAAGGGGGGGCUGCUGGGGCCCCGGGGGCCCGCGCGUGACGUCCGGGGCCUGAAGACCCGGCUGCAGAGCCUGGAGGGCCUACUGGAGGCCAGCCACGACACCAUCCGCCUGCUGCUGCACGCCGUCCAGGACCUGGAGCUGAAGGAGGGCCAAUCAGAGCGGAAAACGAGUUACAGGACCAGUCAGGAGGGACAUGGAAACUCUACAGACAACUCCUGCGUCAUCUACAGUGUGGAAAAUGACUUCAGGCUACAGGAGGGAAGUUUUACUCAGCGUUGGAUGAAAGCAGAUUCCCAAAUCUCGGAUCCCAGCUCCUCCCCGGCUAUCCCCCCCAUUCCUCCGAACUCUGACCCCUGUCAGGAGGAACCCUCCCUGCCGGCCCCACCCCCUUUCACGGACCGACCCCCCCACACAGGCCGAUCCCCCCGCCCUGCCAGAAAGAGCAGGAGAAAGUGCUUCUGGUUCCUGUGAGAACCUUCAGGGGUUUCAUCUGGAAUUAGGAAGCUCCAAUCAAAGGACACGCCCAAAUUGUGUGAAAGACAGGACACGCCCAUCAAUGGACACACCCACAAUAUGCUGAAGGCGGGACGUGCCCCUCACUGGAUACGCCCACAUUUUGUGAGAGGCAGGACACGCCCACCAAAAGACACACCUGCAGUGGUCUGGAGACAAGACAUUCCCACAAGGUACUGGCUGAAGGACACGCCCAUCGAAGGACACUCCCACAGUGUACUGGCUGAAGGACACGCCCAUCGAAGGACACUCCCACAAGGUACUGGCUGAAGGGCACGCCCAUCAAAGGACUCUCCCACAAGGUACUGGCUGAAGGACACGCCCCCUAAAGCCACAACAAUGGACAAAAAGAAGAACUGGGGAGAGAGGGAGAUCUGCUGGGUAGGACAAGUGGAGAGGAUGCAGGAUGCAGGGAACACAGGAGCUGCACUUCUGGUUACUGUAGAGGAUCUGUGGUGUUCUUGAAAUGGUGACGAGGCUGUCUAACUCAAUUAUCAAUCGGGAAUAAAGCUGGAAUUAAGUUGAGCAGUUAGGAA